AAUGAAAUCGCUGAACUACUAGCUACUGCGGUCUGCGACGCCGCCGCCGACGAUGUUUGACGACGACGCACGACAACAGUUGUCCGCGGCGACGAUUACGGCGAUUAGAAAUAAUUAUUUUAUUUUAUUAUAGGCCGAAUUCCUUAGCGCUCUCUAUUGGGAGUAAUUACGGCGCAACGUAUUAUGUGCUGCAGUGAGCUAUCUAUAGUAUUUAUAAUCAAUGCAACUAUACAUAAAUCACUAAUUUUAUCCAAACUUGAAUACAAUUCGUUCCUGUUUAUAAACGGUAAGAAAAAUGCGUUAUAAAUAUUAGACACAAUCCAUAACGCAGCAGCAAGACUGGCAACUGGGGCCUUUCGGUCCAGUCCCAUUACAAGCCUACUUAACAUAUCCAAUGUGAUGCCCCUGCAUAUUAAACGCCAGGAAAACGUCAUGAUGCUUGCCAUAAAACUUGCUAGAAACAAUAUGGUAUCAUCUGUACAUUCAUGCCCUUCCAUACAAGCAAUUGUUAACGAAAAUAAUCUGAACCUCAAAGACAUUAUUAUCUCCCAAAUGCCCUGCUUUCCUCCAUGGACCUCGAUCUCUAAUAUGAUAGAUACAAGUAUUACCAGUCUGCCUAAAAACACAACCAGCUUACACAUUUAUAUUCAAGAAUUCAAAAACAUUUUAGAUCAGUACUCCAAUUUCAUAAAAAUUUACACUGACGCAUCCAAAACUGAAAGCACCGUGGGAAUCACUAUCAUAUAUAAUGACGUAGAAGAAAUAACAUAUAAACUUUCAGUAGAAUGCUCCAUAUACACCGCUGAAGCAAUUGCUAUUCUUAAAGCCCUAGAAUAUUCACUUGAUAAACAAAACAAUAACUUUGUCAUCCUAAGCGACUCCCUAAGCUCUAUAAUAAGUAUUGCCAGCACUCACAAACCUAAUGACAUAUCAAAGAAGAUUCAGCUCGCUAUCUCUGCCCACCAAGCCAAAGGAAAUGUAGUAAAACUAAUGUGGAUUCCAGGACACUCAUCAAUAGAAGGCAACAAAAAAGCUGACACGCUCGCUAAAAAAACAGCAGUAAAUACCCCCAACAGCAUUAUCGCAAACAUCUCUGCCCAUGAUGCCAAACGCACAAUAAAACUCAUAUCAGCAAAAUCCUGGCAAAACCUCUGGUCCACACAAAGAACAAAACUCAAUGAGAUAAAGCAAUCAACCCUACAUUGGCUAAACAACCACUCAAAUCAUAAAAUAGAAACCAGUAUCAAUAGACUCCGAAUAGGUCACACCAAACUCACCCAUGGGUACCUGAUGUCUCGUGAGGCACCCCCUAUAUGCCCAUCCUGUGGUGUAAAUCUAUCGAUCAAACACAUCAUGACCGAGUGCAACACCUACCGUGAUGCAAGGGAACACAAUCAUCUUCUGGAAGACAUAUUUGAAAGCCUCGGACCUAACCUACCAGUCUCCAAUAUAAUAGCCUUCCUUCAACAGUCCGGUUUGCUCAAACUUUUUUAA